AUGUCCUCGGAGACCACCCCCCUCAAUCCCAACAGCGGUGAACCGUCGACAGGCGUCAGCCGUGUGAUCAACGAUGCGUCUGAGCUCUUCUGGCAGCCCUUCUCGCAGGGUGCCCUCAACCUCCUCCCCCGCCGCGGCGAGGGUAUGCGUGUCAAGAGCAAGCGCGGCGACAACCUCCCGGACUCUGACACCCGCCCUCUCCUGACCGACUACCACUCGAUCAACGACCCCUCUAUUCGCGUCCGCGUGCCCAAGAAGAAGCCUACCCCGGUCAAGGUUGAGGCCAAGGUGUGGUUCGCCAACGAGCGCACCUACAUCUCGUACCUUUCCAUGGGUCUCCUCCUGUCCACUAUCGCCUCGGGUCUCCUCUUCGGUGCGCGCGACAGUCUCGCACGCUACUUUGCCGUUGCCUAUGCUCUCAUUGCCGCCGCUGUCCUCAUCUACGGCUACGUCAUUUACCAGAAGCGCCUCACGAUGAUUGCCACGCGCUACCCGGGCUCGUUUGACCAGCUCGUCGGCCCGCUCCUGAUCUGCGUCGCGCUCUUCAUUGCCAUCCUGGCCAACUUCAUCUUCCGUCUCGUGGAGGCGCGCAAGGCCCAGCCGGGCGUCAACCCCCUCUCGUUCACCAACGCUUGGCAGGUCGCUGGCAAGGAGAGCACUUGGCUCAACUAG